AUGGCCAAUAUGUUACCGUAUUACACAGCUGAAAGCAGCCCUGCAAUGGGCCUGUUUAAUACCCCCAUGGGGAAACUGCAGCGACAACUGUACAAGGGGGAGUACACUCUAUUCAAGUAUGCACCAAUGUUUGAGAGCGACUUCAUACAGGUGAACAGAAGAGGAUCAGUGAUUGAUGUAUACAACCGUGCCAACAUGGUGACUGUGGGCAUCGUUCGUACCAGCCCCAACCUCGCGCUACCUGAUGUCAUGCUGCUGGCUCAACCAGCUGCUACCUCUGGCUCUCGCACCCAGAAAGGAGGUAAAAAGCCUACCGAGGUCCUAGAGCUAACCAGGCUGCUUCCCUUGGAGUGUGUAAAGAUAUCGAUCCAUGACAGUAAAACAAAACGGCUCCGCCUGAAGUUUGCCACUGGCCGCUGUUUCUAUCUUCAGUUAUGUCCCACUUCAAAUGCAAGAGAUCUCUUUGCUCACUGGGAAAACCUUGUUUGCAUCCUGAGACCACCAGUGGAGGCUUACAGCUGUACCUAUGCCCUCCCAGCUGGGGAUGAACUGGACAUAACUAGGUUUGAGGAGGAAGACAAGAGCCUACAGAGGGUAACUUCCAGCACAUCAGUAAGAGCUGCUGGCCUCCCGCCAGAGGACAGCAUGAGUAUGGUGAAUGCAAGAGCAGAGACUAUUGGCAAGCCCGUUGCAAAAACAGCUAAAGCCUCACUAUCAGGAUCUCUCAUCUCGACCUUGCAGAGUGAAGACUACAUGAGUAAAUGGGAUAGAAGCCAGAGGCUCUCCAUCCAGCAAGAUGGACUCUUGAAAAAGGAAAAAAAAAAAGGCUCAAACUCCUGUACUGCUUAUGGUGCAGAGGUGGACAUCUUGUCCAAGACUGUGGGAAAGCAGUAUCGGCCACCAUAA